CGUGAGGCGCUAGUGAACGCAUCUUGAAAUCGACCAAAAUAUAGUAAAUCAAAAGUACUUGAAGCGCGAAAAUGAAGCCCGUUGUCUUGAUCCUGGUUUUUCUGGCUUUCAGCCAAGGCAGAGUGCUGAAUUUGCCCAAGGAGGCGGUUGACAUCCCAGUGGCCAUUGUCGAGGAUCAGGCUCUUCCAGUGGCCUUACCUUUGGUUAAGGAGGAGCCCCAGCCAGAGGAGAUCAAAGUAGUUGUCCCAGAAGUGAAGGCCAAGGAUCUGAAGGAGGAAAUCAAACCAGAAAUUCAGCAGGAAAUUAAGCCAGAAAUUAAGCCAGAAAUUAAGCAAGAAAUUAAGCAGGAAAUUAAGCCUGAAAUUAAGCAAGAAAUUAAGCCUGAAAUUAAGCAGGAAAUUAAGCGUGAAAUUAAGCCUGAAAUUAAAGAGGAGCUUAAGCCUGAAAUCAAAGAGGAGCCUGGUGUUAAAGAAGUUGUAAGGUCGGAAAGUGAGAAGUUGCUUAAAGAGCAGAUUGACAAACAGGUUGAGCAGCAGAUUAACCAGAAGCUCAAGGAAAAAUCUCUGGAACUCAAGGAAAAAUCUCUGGAACUCAAGGAAAAACCUCUGGAAAUAAUUAAAGAGCAACAGCAGGAAGUCAAAGAGGAAACUCAGUUGCCAGAAAUUAAACAGGAGACUUCGGAGAUCAAAGAGGAACCUGCUCAAAGUAUUUUGAAAACCCUGCCCGUUGAAGAGCCCGUUCCUGUGCCUGCCGAGCAACUUGCCCCGAAUCCCUUGAACCAGGAGGAGUCGGAGAUCCAGGAUGCCGCCCAUCCGCAGGUUCGCCAGGCCACCCAGGCCACGCCCACCCAGCAGAGCACCACGCAGGGCAACUUUGUGCAGCAACUGAUCCAGAACUCCCCGAUUGGCCAGUUCCUGAAUCAGUUCCAGCCCCAGCCAGCUGCUAGUCCUGCUGCUCCAGCUGCUCCUCCUGCCCAAGUCCAGUCGGAUGAUGCAGCUGCUCCGGGAACUCCAGCUCCCACGGUCCCUGGUUUCCUCAAUCCCCAGGCUGCCAUCACAUCCGCCCAGCAGGCGGUCCAGAAUGCCGCCCAGAGUGCAGUGAAUGCCACCACCCAGGCAUUCCAGGGUAUCCAGCAGUUCGCCAGCAAUCUGGGCAAUCAGUUCCAGAACACCCUGUCCAGUUUGACCGGCCAGCAGCAGCAGGCGGCGGUGUCCACCACUCCGCGUCCACCAGGUCCCAUCCAGCAGUUCGUGAACAAUGUGUUCGGGGGAAACAACAAUGCUACGGCUGCUGCUCCCGCUGCCCAGCAAAGUGGCAAUCCCCUCCAGGGAAUCAUCAACUUCCUGGGCGGAAAUCGUCCCCAGAAUGCACCAGCUGCCACUCCUGCCACUCAGACUCCGGAGAAACCCGCUGUGGAUGACAAAAUCGAUCCUGCCAAGGAUGAGGUGGCUGAAUUUGUGCCAGAAUCCGAUAAUGAAAUACGUUCCAGUGGCGAGACCAUCGAUGACUCCUUCGAGGAGGCAGGAGUUCCGUCCAACGAGGUCAUUGUGGUCAACGAUGAUGCCGGCGAGGGCGGAGAGGUCGCCGAUCCUGUCCAGAAUCAGCCUCUGGCCACCGAUGCAGUGGCUCUCUAAGCGGGUUACCAUUCAAUAGUAGUUAACUCCACAAACCGACUGACGCAUUUUCGACCAUAUCUUUCGAUUUUAAUUGAGAUCGAUACGGAAUAUGCUUCUUUAGACUUCUAAGUGCAUGCACCGCAACAAAUUAUUUAUUUCAUACUCAGCCCAGGAAUUUAUCUAUAAAAAAUGAGAGAAUAAAAUCAUUAAUUAAAACAAAUAACUAAUAAAA